CGAGUUAUUGAUUGCUGUUUGUAAUUGUUUUAAAAACCAGUUUGUUUAAAAUUGAUAACUUGCAGUCGGAUAUAACGUAUCCAAUAAAUUUUUAUAUGCCAGUAGCACUGGCAAAAACUAUUAGCAAAAAUAUUGGAACAAUCAAAAAUGAUACCGCCUCUUGCUCCUGGGCAAACAGAGGAAAAUCUAAAUAUGGUUGGAUGGAAAAAUACUUUCAACAUGAGACAAGUGAAUCUAAUGAAUCUUGCGGCUAGUUCCAUAGCCCAAAGAAACGGAGCCAAAACUACCAUUCCAUCGCUAAGAAGAGCUUACAGUAUUACCAGCCCCACAAAGUCAUUAGAUAUUUUAAGAAAAAACUUACAAAGCGCCAUUAACAAAGACAUAGAUAACGUACUAAAAAAAUACAUAGAGAAAUUUUUUCAACCAGCUAUGAUAAACAUAAAGAAUAAUUUGGGAAAAGGCACCGUAGGUGACGACCACAUAAAAGAGGUGUGUAAACAGAUGCUGGAAGAGGCCAAACUUAUGUACAAAGUAACCCCUAGUUCUCGUGAUAGCUCCCCGUACGAAUACAGCCACAUUGAAGCAGAUUCCGAAACCAGUUUCUUAGAUUCAAAAUACGGGAGAAUGAGUCCAAUUAUCACUUGCAAGAGAAAAGAUUGCGAUCCUGAUCACGAUAUGGGCUCGGCUUAUCCCCAUAUGCUUCCCAUUAAGAAGCCUAGGAGCAAGUCCCAUCACACAGACUACAGUAGUUGUAAAUUAUCGUUGAAAAGGGACGGUCCGAAGUGGAAUCCGGAUAGAAUCCGUGCCAAUUCUCUGUUCAUAAUGGGCGCCAGAGCUAAUAAAGUUUUAGGAUACGGCCAAACUAGGGGCAGGCUCUAUGUGAGACACCCAAAUCUUGUAAGGUAUUCAGGUGAUCAAGAAGAUAAAGAAUGGCUGGCAUCUAAGAAUUUGAUGCCCCCUAGUGGCGGCAAAGCGUAUUUAAUGCUGCUAGAAGAUAUCAAAGAAUUGACUGAAAGUGACGAGUACAGGAAUAGCCCAAAUUUGCAGCUUCACGAGCUCAAAGGUUUCGAAGUGCCACUGUUUUUGCUCAUAAAAAUUAAAAAUUUCAUAGAGUACGUUCGGAACGAAAGGAAACUUUUAGCGAACAUUGAUGGUUCAUAUGAAGUUCGUACCGAACAGUCUAUUAGUUCAACUCCAAUGAAUACGAUAGUAUCAUUAGAAUCAAACCAACACUUGCAAGCUUCUUCUGAUACCAUCAUAGGUGUCGAACAUUCCGAGAUAGCUUUCAAAACUGACUUUUUAAACAUGACUUCAGACAUGAGCAGCACUCUAACAAGUUCUGUGAUUUCUAGUAUUCUUUCCAGCAAUAUUGCUACAUUGCAUAGCAAUGACAAUUCUCAGGAUUUCUAGUAUUUAAUGAUACUCUAAGUAGAGAAUUAUUAAUUGUUUUUUUACAAAUUAGUAUGUCAUAUUGCCUCUGUUUUAUUAGAAACGGGAUAAUUUGUAGAUUUCAAGUGCUUACUUUGUACAAAUCAGUACCUAAUUUAUUUAUUUUUUGUCAUUUUGAAGCUCAAUUUUAUUUAUUUAUUUAUUUAUUUAUUUUUUUUAGAGUUAUUUUGGGAGCUUAUGUUUCUUGUAUUAUUGAAAAUUUGGUAGAUAUGUAAAUAGAAGUAGUUCUAUAAACCGACUGUAAUUUCGCAGGAAAAAUAUUAAAUUAAGAUAUUUUUAAGAUAUAUGCCAAGUAACAAAAACUAUAAUUAUUUUCUUAUUCUGCUUCAAGUACAGUUAAUGACCAGUAGUGUUAAUAAUACCGGACGGAAUUGGAUAUACCCUGUGCCCGCGAAUGUAAUAUAGUUAUUACGAUAAUCACAAUAAAUUGUAAAAAUCAAGUUUACUAAUUUUAUUUGUUAUUAUUCAAAAUAAGAAUUUCCUGCUCUGUAGUAUAAUGUAAGAAAACUACGAUGAAAAAUACUUUCUUAUUCUUGCUGAAAACAUUCAUUUUAAAAAUCAUUUUCCUAUGAUAUCGUGCUUCACAUUCAAUAAAAAUAUUCGUUCGUUAGUGUAAGCAAUAUCAUCC